UAUGUGUAUAAAUCACACCCACUUUAAAACAUUCACUUCCCUGACAAGGAACUUUCACCAGCACAACUGAACAGCUACGGAAUUCCCCUGAAAGAGGUCUAGAAAAGAAGAAACGAUGCCUUCAGCCUUGGGGCUAUCCUUCCUGCUUCUAGCUAUAUCCUCCAAUUUUGCAAUGGCAAUCAACAAGGAAAAAAGAGUUCCACAGACAAUGUCAAGAGGAUGGGGAGAUGACAUAACUUGGGUACAAACAUAUGAAGAAGGACUCUAUCAAGCAAAAAAAAGUAACAAGCCACUGAUGGUCAUUCAUCAUUUGGAAGAAUGUCAGUACUGCAAAGCACUGAAGAAAGUUUUUGCGGAAAACCAAGAAAUACAAGAAAUGUGUCAGAACGAUUUCGUCAUGCUCAAUCUCAUGCAUGAAACAACGGACAAGAACUUGUCACCUGAUGGACAGUAUGUGCCUCGCAUCAUGUUUGUAGACCCUUCUCUCACAGUGCGAGCUGACAUCACUGGAAGGUACUCUAACCGACUCUACACUUACGAACCUCAAGACUUGCCAGUGUUAAUAGAAAACAUGAAGAAAGCAUUGCGUCUCGUUCAGACUGAACUGUAAGUGGUAGCUGAGAGAUCAUCAUCUUCCCAAGCUGAAACACUACAAUAAAAUCCUCAGAAUUUUGGAAUAUUUUCUUAGGUGUUUUUCUCAAUUGAGAGACCCUAUCCAUGGUUCAAAGGAAGAGUCGAAGAGAAGGUGAUCUAACGUUACUUUGCAAUGCUAACUCAGAUAUAUUUCUCAGAAUAGAAGUUCUUUCUUUUUACAUCCAGAAUUCUGUUGUCUUUUGUUAAUAUGGUAAGCUAAAAAGCAAUAAAAUUAAAUAAACCAAUGUAAUGAAAUGACGGUGAAACAAGGCAGUAAGGGUUCUUUAUGCUACUAGUCUAAGAAUUGUAUUCCAGGUCAUCUUUUCAUUAAUUAGAAGAUCGGAAAUAGCUGAGAUAACCAUCCCUGAAAGACAGUUUGUCAAUCACUACCCAUCUUUCCCUAUUAUGUGCAGCUGCAAGAGAGUGUUUUAGUUCACACUGGUUGACAGCAAAGCCCAAAAUGCCUGAAAAAUUUCUUCUGUGAACUGCAUGCACUCUAGAAUCUUCUGCAGUGUGCUGAGGUUCUAAAGCAGAUUUGUGCACAGGGGUCGCUAAUCAAAUGAAUGAUCGUUGAAAAGGUUCCCUGAAUGCUAGAAAGUUGAAAGUCACUGCCAUAUACUAGCACAUCUUCCAGAGACACUUGUCAGCAUCAAAAUCAAAAAGAGUCCAGUAGCACCUUUAAGACUAACCAAUUUUAUUGUAGCAUAAGCUUUCGAGAAUCACAGUUCUCUUCGUCAGAUGCAUGGAGGGCAAAAAGAAACUGGUCAGAUAUAGAGGAGGAGAGAGGAGGGUGGAGUAGAUGCAAACAGCUCCUUCUGAUAUGGAGAUCAGUUUGCUUCUGCUGAGGAAAUCAGUUACCUCUGAUAAUGAGAUAACCAUUCAUAGUCCCUAUUCAGUCCCAGCUUGACAGAGUCAAAUUUACAUAUGAAUUCCAAUUCAGCAGCUUCCCGUUGGAUUUUGUUUUUGAAAGGUUUCUGUUGAACUACAGUGACCUUUAAGUCUUUGAUGGAAUGUCCUGGUAGAUUGACAUUCCAUUCAUAUAAUAGAGAAAACUGAGUAAUUCUCAUAUUACAUUCAACACAUGUAUAGCUCAUCACGUCAUUUAAAACCCAUAUUUAUCCAAGUACUGCUCUCCCUUUCCUUUGUAAAAUGAAUGUGUUGCCUCUUUCUUACAGAUGUACGCACAUACAUUUGAGCAUGUUCAUUCCCUGUAUGAACACGGCUAAUGUACCAUUGAUUUUUGAUAGUUUAUCAUGUUAGAAGUGAAUGUGGACAUUGGGCCUUGGACCAAAAAAAUAGUCCCCUUUCUAGACUGAACUUAGUUUCCACAUCAAUGUGUGUUCCAUUUAUACAUAUUGGCUGCUAAUGUGCAUCAAAAGUGCAUUAUCCAAUGUGUGUGGAAGCAGCCAUUAUUUCAUUAUGUUCCCAGUACUGUGCAUGUGUUUCUGGGAGAUGCUGAUCCAAUACUGGCUUUCAAAAACAAAUAGAAAUGGGUACCUGAUAGCCAGAAACAUUAGCACAAAGAAGUAGCUUUCCAUGGGCUUCCUUCUCUAGUUAGUAUGGGAUGGAGCUUCAAGAAUAUGGUUACCCAUAAGAAAGAAAUGUAGUUCUAUUAAUGCCUUCUCCCAGGAGUGUUCAGCCAUGGAAUUCAUUCUAGCUACCAUUUUGUUCCCUAUGCACCAUUUGUUUCACAUUAGAGUAGCCUUACCUAGGAGGCAGCAGCCAUGCCGGCAAAGCCCAAACCUCAGCCAAUGGGAGGGAAGGUUUAAUUCACUUCAAGAUGUUCUCCCCUAUAACUUCAUGCUCCUCCAGGUAUCUUUUGCUGACACUAGCAGGACUCACCACUCAAUUAAAGAAUCUGGGCUUUAGAGCAUGUAGACAUCUUAGACUGAAUCAGACCAUUGGUCUAUCAAGGUCAGUGUUGUCUACUCAGACCGGCAACAGCUCUCCAGGGUCACAGGUAAAGUGGUCUUUCACAUCACCUAUCUCCUGAUCCUUUUAACUGGAAACUUCAAGGAUUGAAUCUGGGACUAUCUGUAUGCCAAAUAGAUGCUCUACCACUGAGCUAUGGUUAGACUGCUGUUAAUUAGAGGGGAAGAUGUUGUGUUCCAGGACAGCCUGAAUCACACACAUGAGGUAUGCUUAAGUUCACACUGGAUGUGCAGGGGUUCAUUGUGAACUAUUGGGAGCUCUAAACUCUUCAUAGCUGGUUAAUGCUCAAAUGUUUGCCGGGGGGGGGGGGAGGUACGUUCAUAGCAUACUGUAGAGGUUCACUAUGAUGUCACCAAAGACAUAUAGGUGUUUUGCUAUAUUUGUGUGUAUGUUAUUUGGGGAGGAUAGUAGAUUUUGAGAUUUUCUACAAGAACAAGUAUUUGCAGCAUGAUAGAAUUUGGAGCAUGGAUGGUACAAGCCACCAUACUCAUUGGACAAUUAUAAUUAACCACCUAAUAUAAGUGUGCCUAGAUGCAAAUAUGUAACAGAAAGGGUACUCUAUUUAGGAUAUCUAUAUUUAUUAUCUUAAAGUAAGAGCAAUUGUUAAUGAUCUUAUAGUGCUGGGUAGAAAAGAACUUCUAUGUAGAACUAACUUGGUGACAUAACAAAUAUUUCUUUGCUACAAGGGUGUGUAUGUAAGAACAAAGGGGUAUCUCACAAAUUACAAAAAGAAAUGAACAAACAUUUUGUAUCUGUGUGCAGUUUCUUAAAAAAAUUAAACCAGCCAAACCAUUCA